AUGCAACAGUUGUCAGUUACUACUUUACAAGCAGACAUGCAACAGUUGUCAGCUACUAAUUUACAAGCAGACAUGCAACAGUUGUCAGUUACUAAUUUUCAAGCAGACAUGCAACAGUUGUCAGCUACUAAUUUACAAGCAGACAUGCAACAGUUGUCACAGGCUGUGCCCCCAAACCCUAUUCUCACAACAGCUCAAAGAAGCUUUAAAGGAAUUGCAUGGCCUCAAACCCGGAUUGGGAAAACUGUGGAGAGUAACUGUCCUGAUAGUUUUAGAGGCCUAGUGAGGUGGCGCUGUUUGGACUAUGGCUGGGAAAAACCAGGUCCAGAUUUCCUAGACUGUACUUCUGCCUGGCUAGAGAAGAUGGACACCAGAAUCAAUAAAGUGGUAAGUCUUAUUUUUGAAAACCAUUUUGUCUUCUUACAUGCGCAUGGACCUCUAACUGUUAAAAAGUGGAAGAUGAAGAUGAUGACAGAUUCAGUAUCAUGGCGAAAUUUAUCUCAUCAAGAUCGAAGACGGGCAGCCACUUCCCUGUUUUUGUCCGUCGAAGAUGUCGGUUUUCAUGCCGGCAGACUGAUUGAUGCUGGGUCUUCUGAGCUGACAGUGGAUGAGAAUAUAGUGAUGAAGGUGACAGUUGUGGACACACAAGAAACACACAAUGACAUGACCUUCCCAUCCAGAGAAGACUUGUGGCAGUCCACAUGGCAAGCAGAGGCUGGUUCAGACUCUAUCACCAUAAAGAGUACAAGUCUGAAGAUUGUUGGGAUGAAAGGUGAGAGGCCUGUGAAUAUUGUUUUCACUCUGUAUAAAAACAUGGAGAAUAUGAUGCAACCCCAGACAAAUGCUCUUUCACCAAUGCCAACGGUAUUGUCUGCAAAUGAAGUGGAAAGCUACUACAGCACAGAAACCAUACGAGAUGCCUUCUACACAACAGGGUCUGGUAAAGGCGGUGUGAGAGUGAUCAAUUCUAAGGUGAUUGCUGCCUCCAUCAACAGCACCAAGCCAAGGCGGAAACUAGCAGAGCCACCCAUCAGUAACGAAAGACCACUUUGUUCAUUUUGGGACAUGGACACAAGUGGCCAGUGGUCUCAAGAGGGUUGCCAACUGAUUGACACCAACAUCUCCCACACGACAUGUGAAUGUGAUCAUUUGACUAAUUUUGCUGUUCUUAUGGAUGUCACAGGAGUAAAGUUGUCAUCAGAAAAUGAGCUGGCCCUUCGAGUGAUUACAUUUGUUGGCUGUGUCAUCUCAGUGAUCUGCCUGCUGCUGAGCUGGAUUACAUUUCUGGUGUUCAAAAAUCUACAAUGUGAUCGCAACACCAUUCACAAGAACCUGGUGUUUUGUCUGCUGUUGGCAGAAAUUGUGUUUCUUGGUGGCAUUGCUCAGACUGAGCCAAAGAUUCUGUGUUCGGUGAUUGCUGGCAUGUUGCACUACCUCUUUCUGAGUGCAUUUGCUUGGAUGUGUUUAGAGGGAGUCCAGCUUUACAUUAUGCUUGUUGAAGUUUUCGAGCAGGAAAAGUCCAGAGUACACUGGUACUAUUUGUUCGGCUAUGGGGUGCCUGCGAUCGUAGUUGCUGUCUCUGCUGGAGUUUUUCAUGAAGGAUAUGGAACAGACAGACAUUGCUGGCUAACAACGGAUAAUUAUUUUAUAUGGAGCUUUGUUGGGCCUGCACUUGCAGUCAUGUUGAUCAACAUUGCCAUGCUGAGUAUUGCUGUGUACACCAUGUGCCAUCACUCUAUCAUGUCUGUCACCAUGAGGGACAGGUCUAAGGCUGCCAAGUUCAGUAGCAUGAAGACUUUUGCAUCUCCGAAAUUGCGCUUUCCAGACUUACCGAUAGAGAGUUUUUUAACCGCAUGUCAAGACAAGCUGAGUGACCCUGAUUUUUAUUUAACAGUAGACAUCCCUUUCUUUCCUAUUUACGGGUAUCUCUUAUCUGUCUUCCUUACCCUCAUCUUUCUGUCUCUCAUCAUCUCUAUCUCUUAUCCCUCCCUUUAUCGCUGUUUACAUUUCGCUCAUUUACUUCUAUCCAGCUCAAUUUUUUCCUUCUGCCUCUUGCUUAUUUAUCAUGUGUAUCUGCUUGCAAUUUUGAGCAUCAGUAUCAUAUUUGCUCAAUUCUUUUACAGAUCCUGGGUGAAAGGAGCAGUUGUGCUUGUUGUUCUGCUUGGUCUGACUUGGAUUCUUGGAGUCCUGUACUUAAAUGAAGAAUCAGUGGUCAUCGCUUACUUCUUCACUGUGCUCAACAGUCUCCAGGGAUUGUUCAUUUUUGUCUUCCAUUGCCUGAAGAAUGAAAAAGUGAGUAACAGAGAAACCUUGCAGAUACAUAAGCCUGUAACCUCAUUGCCAUGUUGUUUGAAAUAG